AUGAAAAAAAUCGUCUUAAUUUAUUUCUUCAUUUACGCUUAUAAUUUCAACGUAAUCGAUUGUUUAGAACUAGAAGGAAACUGUGAAACUUUGGAAUCAGAGAUUCAUCUAAUAAAAGAGGAAUACGACGAGCUGGGACAACUGCAACGCACCUGCAACGCUGAAGUCCUGGUCAACAAAUGUGAAGGCGCCUGCAGCAGCCAAGUUCAGCCAUCGGUCAUCACUCCAACGGGAUUCUUAAAGGAAUGUUACUGCUGCAGAGAGUCCCUAAUGAGAGAACGAACCAUAACCCUUUCCCAUUGCUACGAUCCUGAUGGUAUCAGGCUAACAGACAACGGCCUGGACACGAUGGAAAUGCGUAUCAAAGAACCAGUGAAUUGCAAAUGCUUCAAAUGCGGAGUAGAUGAUUGCUCCGUUACACCCGUAAUUCACGUUUUACAAUAUCCUGGCUGUGUGCCUAAACCAAUACCGUCUUUUGCAUGCAUCGGUAGAUGUGCCAGCUAUGUACAGGUAUCAGGAAGCAAAAUUUGGCAAAUGGAAAGAUCUUGUAUGUGUUGUCAAGAAUCAGGAGAACGAGAGGCUUCUGUUUCUCUAUUUUGUCCAAAAGCUAAACCGGGAGAACGCAAAUUCAGAAAGGUUAUUACAAAGGCUCCAUUAGAUUGCAUGUGCAGGCCAUGUACAAGUAUCGAAGAAAGUGCAAUUAUACCGCAGGAAAUAGCAGGCUAUGCUGAUGAAGGCCCUUUAAAUAACCACUUUAGAAAAUCACAUCACAUUCAAUAA